AUGUUGCGUCCUAAUGUGGGCUUUAAAUUAUUUAGGGGUCGACCGACAGACAAGUACGGUAUGGUUAGGCCGCCGGUCGUCACUAAAAGUGAUCAGUUGAAAGUGAUAGCGCAAUAUUAUGAUCAAAAAGUUGACCAUUUUGACAAACAAAACAAUAAAACUUUCAAACAGUUGUAUUACGUGGAUGAUUCACACCAUAAAACUGGUGGACCAGUAUUUUUAAUGAUCGGAGGCGAGGGUGCGAUCGACACAUCUUACGUAAACGGCAUGUUUAUGGGAGAAAUGGCCAAAAAGUACGGAGCGUUGGCCGUAGCGAUAGAGCACCGGUAUUACGGAAACUCCAUUCCCACAAAAGACCUGACGCUUGAAAAUCUGAAAUAUUUGUCGAGUGAAUUGGCGCUGAAAGACACGGAACAGUUAGCGCUAUAUUUGAUUAAAAAGUUAUCACUUCAGGGUAACAAAUGGGUUGUGUUCGGGGGCUCGUAUGCGGGCAAUCUAGCUGCUUGGUUUAGGGAGAAGUACCCCAACAUAGCUGUCGGUGCCAUAGCGUCGAGCGCACCCGUCGAGGCCGCGGUCGACAAUAUGGGGUAUUUGGGAGUCGUUGGCGAGUCUUUGGGUAAGGAGUGCGCCGACAAUAUCAGGAAAGCCCACAUUGAUAUGGAGAACCUGUUAAAAACACCGGAAGCGGAGGAAAUGAUGUGGAGUAUAGCCGUUGACGUUCAGUAUAAUAUGGGUAUCGCUGACAUCGUUAAGACAAUGAACAACCCCUCAGGCGGUACACCACUGGAAAGGUAUGCCAGACUACACGGUGUGGGCUCUCAUACAGUUGGCUGCAGUGAUGUUAAGUAUGAGGAUCUCAUCGGACCAUUGAAAAAGACAUCAAUCGAUCCCCAGGGGAUGAGACAAUGGACUUAUCAGACGUGCACUGAAUUUGGUUACUAUCAAACCUCUGAUCUCCCGAACAGUAUCUUCGGACACAACAUUCCCGUCGAGUUUUAUAUCCAACAGUGCGCUGACAUAUAUGGCCCACAAUUCACGGCUCAAAGUAUACAGAAAGCUGUCGACCGGACGAAUGCCUAUUACGGGGGACUAAAGCCAAACGUAACAAACGUGGUGUUCCCUAACGGGUCACUCGACCCCUGGCACGCACUCAGUGUCCUUAAAGACCUUAAUAACAGUACCAAAGCUGUUAUGAUUGAAGGCUAUUCCCAUUGCGGAGAUAUGUAUGGCUCGCGAACAACUGAUAAACAGAGUUUGAAAGACGCCCACAAAUUAAUUGAUCAACAAAUCACUAAUUAUUUGAAAUAA